CCGAAUUCGUAAAGUGCGAGGGUUCGGCACGAUAAGUGCAAUGCAGAAACUACAUGUCACCAUUUCAGACAUGGAGCCCUGAUGGUGAAGACCCCAAGGUCUAGAUCUUGCACGCACACCGUUGUACUGGGUAUCAUGCAGUGGACCCACCGUUCAUCCGGCCGAAACCCCCAACUACAGGAAAGGGAUCUGCAUGUUGUGCGGUCUCAGAGGCAGUGGGACCAAGAGGCAUCUGCAGUAUCAUCCCGGCAUAAUUCGGGUCUAUCUCACGGAAAUCUUGGGGAGAACGUCAUUUGUUAGCCGAGCAGACCGGUGUCAGGAGCGUCAUCAGAGAUUCAUGCAAGGCAACAGCAUUUAGACAAAG